AUGAAGCGUGAUGCCAUCGACGACGGCGUCCCGAACCCACGUGGGCAGAUCAAUGCCAUCCUUUCGAUUGCGUUUGCCUGCAUCUCGUUCGUCCUGGUCUUGCUUAGGCUUCUCGUAAGGUGUCUUGUCAAUAAACUGGCUGGACCAGAUGAUUACCUGAUCGUCGGCUCUCUGAUAUUGGCAAUCAGCUUGGCGGUGACCUACAAUAAAGAGGCAGACAAUGGGUUCGGUCUUCACACCGAUCAAGUCGACUACCCGCACAAAGUCGAAGCUUUUAAGGUAAGUCAUCGUGAUUGGCUCUCGAGUUAA